CAGGUCUACGAAGCAAAGAAACACACAAGGCAACAAGAAAGCGUGGGUCGGCGGAAGGAAAGGGUGAAGAAACCAGAGGAACCCAAGAAAAGAUUCGCAGCUUCGGGGGAGCGGAUUGCUGCGCAAAUGGGGUCCGGAUCUUUCCUCAAGGUGCUCGUCAGCAACCUGGACGUUCUCGCCGGGCCCAUAGUUUCACUCGCUUAUCCUCUGUAUGCGUCUGUUCGAGCAAUAGAAACAAAAUCUCCUAUUGAUGAUCAGCAAUGGCUCACUUACUGGGUGCUGUACUCGUUUAUCACUCUGUUUGAGCUCACUUUUGCUGCAGUAAUUGAAUGGCUCCCUUUCUGGUCUUAUGGAAAGCUGUUUUUCAAUUGCUGGUUGGUCUUGCCCUACUUUAACGGUGCUGCGCAUGUUUAUGAGCAUUUUGUGCGGCCAAUGAUUGUGAACCAGCAGGUUGUAAACAUCUGGUAUCUUCCAAAAAAGGAAGGUUCAGACAAACCUGACGAUGUAAUUUCAGCUGCACAGAAAUACAUUGAACAAAAUGGAUCAAAAGCAUUUGAGACUCUCGUUAACAAGUUUAAGACUACAAACGCGAGGCGCUCAAUUUUGGAGGAGGUAGAGGCGGAAAGGAGAGCCAGGGCUGAACGAGAGCUGGCAGCGAGGGAUGUGAAUCCAUUCUUCCACCCGAAUUACUGAUUCUGCAAAGCUCUACUGUUCAGGCAUCAGGUGACACAAUGUAUGUUCACCUGAUGCGCUGCUAGUUCUUUUUAGCUUAUAUACUAUAUUUAGCCCUGCAUUUUGUGUGAUUUCUCCUUCAGUGCCUUUAAUGUAGGAAUUGGUCAGACCAAGUUGAGGGGAUAAUUGUAGAGGAUCAUAUUUAGAUUUGAUAUUACAUAGCUGAACAAUUAUGAAAUGUUGUAAAUAGGUUCUGUCUUUGGAUGGUUGUAUGAAUCUGGACCAUGUAAUGGUCACGACUUUCUCAGGGAUGACUGAAAUGUGUAUGCAUAAAUAGCAUUCUGGCAGUCA